AUGCUUAAUACCUUGAUUCUCAUAAUCACUGGUUUUUUAUUAACCAUUGCAUUUUUUCCUGUAUGGAUAAAGUGGUUGAUACGGUUGCAUAAGAAAGUCCUUGCUCUCCAGUAUUCAUACAAACUAUUUGUACUUUACAAUAUAGAAUUAAGAUAUUAAUACAAAAAACAUAUAAUGGUUGCUGUAAACAUAGGAAAUAUAAGGAUUUCAAAAGUUGCAAAUUAAUGGAGAUUUAAUGUGAAUAUCAUAGAUUUUAAUUUACAAUUCAUUCCUAACUAAGAAAUCAAAAUUGGUUUCUAAUUUGAAGAAUAAUUGUAUAUGUAAAGACUCUAAUCCAAAUUCUUAACUUAUUCUCAAUAAAAAAUACAACAUCGUAAAAAUAAACAAAUACCAUUCUUAUCCUUAUUAUUAGAAUCUUUAGCUAUUAAUUGUCUUUUUAUAAUCCUGUCUCGGUUAAAUAUUCAUUUCAAUAUAAUCAAUGUUACUUUGCCAAAACUUAAUUCUAAGGAAAGGAAUCUACCAGAAAUUAUUAUAAAAUUAAGUCAAAUCUCAGUAUAUUUGCAUUUGAAUUAGAAAGGGCAUUUAUAAUGGAAACUCAAUGGCUAAGAUGCUAAAAUAGAAUAAUGUUUGACUAUCAAUACUAUUAAUUUAAAUGCAAUUACUAAGCCUGGAUUAUUAAUAGAUUUAUUAGAAGAACAUAGUACUAUAGAUAUUAACAUUAAGGAAGUACGAUGGUUAUGUAAAAAUGAAUAUUUCUAUACUAUGGAUGUAUUAGCAAAUGAAUUUUGGACUAGGCCAGAUAUUAAUAAAAUUCUUAAAAGACAUUUUAAUGAGAAAGGAUUUAAAUUUUUAGGUAAACCAAGAGAAAUGAAACUUAAUUUUGAUUCAUUUAGAAUUGAAUUUAGUAUCUUCAAUCAUAAAAAACAUUCUUUUAAUAUUUUAUCUAAAAAGUUUUAUAAAUAUGCUCAAAAUAAACUUGUAUUUGAAUGGCAACAAUUAAAAUAUUAUGGAUAAUUUGAUAUAGUUGACACAGAUUAAAUUAAGAAAGGAAUGAUCCUAUGCAAAUAAUUUACUAUGAAUACUCUUCAAGAAGAUAUUAAAUUCUAAGAUAUUUUAUGGAAUAUUGACUCUAUUUCUAGCUUUACUGUUCAUUCGAAUGAUAAUACAAAACAUUUUAUCAGAUAUGGAGAUGUAAUCAUUAAUUUAUCUCCAUAACUGAUUAAAUUUUUUACUCUUAUUUAAACUGAAUUAGCAUCAGAAUUCAGAGUUGCAUUUGUUGAAAAUUACGAAUAAAGUAAAUACUUUAAAAAAUAUAAUCGAAUCGCUAAGGGAAUGUGUUGUGAAUUCUUGAAUAUAGAUCUAAAUUGUGCAUUAAGCACUUCAUAUGAUUUUUUAAUUACUAAUAAAUUUUAAAUUAAUUUAAUCAAUGAUGGUGCAAUUAUUAAUUAAAUCACUAUUAAUAAAUUUCAUUAUAUUUCAUAUGAAGGAGAUGUGAAUGAAUCUUAAAUUAUUUUUGAUAAUUGCCAAAUUAAUAGUAAUAUUAAUUAGACUAAUGGUAAAAUCAAAGAUUUCAAAAUGCAAACAAAUCCUUAAAUUGUUAAUUGUAACUUUAAUACAUUUGAAUUAUUGGUUGAACAAAUAAAUAUAGAAAAUAUUUUAAGGAUUUAUUAAUUAUAAAAAGUAUUUAGAUAAUAAUUAUCAAAAUUUACAUCUUUCAAAUUGACACCUUUAGAAAAGUUAAAAUCUAAAGCCAAUAAACCAAUAAUCAAAGAUAAAAUUAUAAACUGUAAAGAAAUAAUAUUCAAAUAUUUGUCUAAACCCUUCUUUGCAGAAAUUAUUCUUCUAGAAAUCAAUACAAAAGAUAUUAAUAAUAUUGAAUUAAAUUAAUUGUUGAUUAAAUUCUAAAAUUCUUGCUUAUUUGUAAUAGAUUAAAUUUAAUCUAAAAACAGUUCUUAAUUAAUGUAAAUUAAUAUUAGAUCUGCAAUACUCAAUUUUGAAGAAGAAAUUAAAGAUAUUAAUGUAUUUAUUUAAAGUAUUAAAUAAUUUAAUUCUAUUGUAUCAAAAUAAUAGAUAUUUGAUAUUAAUCAAGAAAAUAUUGAUACUUUCUAAAUAAAGAAAAGAAGAUCCUCUCAUGAUGGUGUUUUUAAGCAUACAUCCAAUGAUUAAGAUCAAACAACUAAAAUUAGAUCAAUCUUUGGUAAAAAUAUCAAUCUAAGUAUCUUAAAUUUAGAAGUAAUUGUCAAGGAUACAAAAUUUAAUGAUGCAUUAUGUAGAUAUAGAAGAUUUUAAGAAAAAUUUGAAAAUAUCAAAAGUAGAUAAAAUGAAAGUAAAGUAUUAGAAGGCUUAAAAACAUAAUAAUCAUAUCCUUUAUUGAAUUUGAAAUUAUAGAAUCUCAAUUUAUAAAUAAAGAAUUAAAAUUUGAGUAUCAAUUAAGUAAUUGAUAAGAUAAUAAAAUUAGAUUCUCAUACAACAUAAUUAAAUGAAUCAUUUUUUUAAUAUUUUGAAUUGGCUAAUUAUGAUAUUUAAAUAGAUUAAAUUAAAAUAUCUAUUAGAGAUUAUAAACUUUCUUUACUUGAUUUAAAAGGUAUUAAAUUCAAUAUUUUUAUAUGUCUAUCAAAAUUGAAUACAUAAAAUAUUUAGAAUGAAUUUAGAAUAUUUUAUGAUUUAUGUUUAGAAAUAAAGUAAUUAUAAAUAUCUGCAGGAUUAAAUUUAAUAUUUGCUUUUAGGGAAAUAUCUAAUAGAAUUAAUUAAAUUAUGGGUUAAAAUAUGAAUUAAUAAUAAAAUAAAAUCAUAAUAAAAUAGUAAUUAUCUUUUUGGGACAGAUUUAGAUUAAAAUUUCAUGGCAAAUUGCAAUUACAACUAAAACAUUUAAUUUUUUAAAUCACUACUGAUAUAUUGCCAUAUUCAAUUGAUUGUAUUAAAUUUUCAUCUAAAUUAAUAAAUAUUGAAUUUUUAAAUUGGACAUUAAAAGGAUAAGCAGAUAAAUUGAAAUUAAGUAGAGUUCCAAAAAUAUAAAAAGUUCUUUAUAUCCCUAGAAUUUAAAUUGUAAGUGAAUUUAAUUGGUUUGCAAAAAAAGAUUAGUAUGAUCAUUAUUUUUAUUUGAGAAAACCAUACUUUAAUUAAAUAAAUAAUAGUUUAAAUGAUUUUAUAAGUCAAUAAUUAAAAAUUGAAAUAAAAGUUGAUUGCAUUUAAUAUGAACAUUUUAAAGAAUAUAAUUUUAAAGAACAACAAAAGCAUUGUUUCUUUAUUCAUUAUUAAAACUAAUUUAUGAGAUGGUUAAAGAAUAGACCAAUAUUGAGACAUGAUGUAUUAAGAAUGUUUUCAGUUUAAAUUAAUAAUAAAAUAUCAUAAAUAAAGGAAAAUCAAGUAUAUGAGAUGGAAUGUAACAUGUAUGCUGAUUAUAAAAAAUUGAUUAAUUACACAUAUAUAAAAUUUAUGGAAUCGUUGAAGAUUAAAUAAUCAUUAUUUUAACAUACAAAAAAGAUCAAUAUAAGAGUAUAUUCCAAUAAAUUUAGAAUGUUUUUUACAAACUCUGAAAAACCAGUAUCACAUAGUGAAACCUUUCUAAAAAAUAAAGAUAUUCCAUUUAUUGGAUUCUAAACAUUAUUUUAAUCAUUAAAACUCAAUAUCUAAUUAGAACCUAAUAGUAAAGAUAAAUAAUAAAAAUUUGUUCUACAAUCUAUAGCUGCUAAAUGUGAUUAAUUGAUAUCUUCAAUGUUUGAUGGGAAACAGAUGUUAGAUAUAGAAUAACCAGAAAAUUUAAGUCAAUAAGAUUAAUUUUUAAAUUUUUUUGAUAUUCAACCUGUUGAUUACUAUUAGAAUGAAUUAAAUUAAUCUUAGAAACUACAAAACAUGACUUUUCAAGAAUUAAAUAAAUUGAAAAAAUUCGUUAAAAAACCUUUCAUUAUUAAUACUACACUUACUCCAUAGUAUCAUUUAUUUAAUUUAUUAAAUGACGAAUUAUCUAUAGAGAAUUCACUUGAAGAUGUUAAAUUUAGAGGAAGAAUAUCAGGAGUUGAAAUUAAACAAUAAUAUAUAAAUGAAUUCAAUGCUUUUGACAUUUUCUUAAAAGCUAAAUAAUUAGAAUAUAAAUAGAACUAAAAAAUUAAUUUAUAGGAUGAAAAUGAUGAGAGUAAUACCAAAAUGACUGAAAAAAUAAUAAAGAAUUUCAUUUCUGCAUUAGAUUGUUAAUUUCUAUUUACUUUUUACUUAUAAGAAAUUUGGGUUAAUGUUUUUGAGAGUCUUGAAAUUCCUUAGAAUAAAGAGACUAAAUAAAAUUUUAAUAUGAAAUUAGAAUUCACAAAAGCUAAAUCAUAUUAUAGAGAAGAAUUAAAUUUAAUGGUAUCUUUGAUCAAUCCUUAAUUAAAUUUCUAAUAUCAUUAUGCUAAUUGUUAAAUGAUCUUAACAUCACCCAAAGAUUGUUAAAUUAUAAUGUUAGAAUAAAUUCUACCAUUUGAUAGUUUAGAAAUUGAUAAAAAAUUAGUUACAAAAUUGAUAUUUAAUGGAUUAGAUUGUCAAUUAUUAAAAAAACAUUUAGAUGCUAAAUAAAUUGUAAGAUUUACAAAUCAAGAUUAUGAAAAAAUUAUUUAAUGUGAUUAUGCUCUAUUUUAGAUAUAAAAUUAUUAAUUAAGAGAAAAUAUAAGAGAUUUUACAGAAAUACCUUCAUUAAAUUGUAAAAAACAUAAUUUUAAUUAUUGGAAUUAAGAAUUAAGGAGACCUAUUAUAUAAGUAAAAGUUGGAUAAUUAAAUGCUACAAUGAAAAAAUAUUAAUUAGAUUAAUUUUUAGAUAUGUUAACAUUUAUGGAAAUGGCAGUUACUACAAAAAAUGAAUUAGAAAAAAAGGAGAUAUUUUAUAGAAAUAAAUUAAAAGAAUUAAAUUAAUAUGGUAUAAAAUAAAUUGAUCAAUUAAUUAGAAAGAAAAUAUCAGAAAAUCUUGAACAUUAUGGAACUGAAAAAUCAAAAUUAGACUAUUCCAUUAAAGAAGCUAGUCUAUCUUUAUUAGAUGAAUAAGAAAUUAGCUUUAUUUUAUUUAAUAUUAAAUAAAUUAAAAUUAUUGAAACUCUAUUUGAGAAUGAUAGUCAUAAAAUUGAUAUUCUACUCUAAGAUUUAAAUGCUAUUAAUAAAAUUGAAUAAGAUCCUGAUUAUAAAAUGGUAUUAAGUUAAGAAAUCAAAAUAAAUAAAUAACAACCCUUUUUUAGAAUGAUCAAAAAAUAUUAUCCUCUUUAAAUAUAUUAAUAAAAAUGGUUUGUUAUUGAUCAAAAUGAUAUUAAAAUGAAUCCAUUAACAAUCAUUUUAACAGAUGAAUUAUAUGAUUAAUUUUAUAAUUAUUUCUUUGGUGAUGAUUCUACUUAAAAGAAUAAUAAAUUAAGUGUUGAAAAGAAAGAAUAAAUGAAAUGUAAAUUUAAUUAAAUUAUGUAUUAGCUGCUAAGGAAAAUAUAUCUAAAUAAAUACCUGAUUAUUUUCAUUCAUUAUAAGUAGGUGAACUUAAAUUAGUAGCCACUUUCAAACAUCCAUCUAAAAUUAAAAGAUUUAAAGAUGUUACUAUUUAAUUGGAACCAUACAGAUCUCCUAAAUAGUUCACUACUAUAAAAGAAGUAUAAUAAUAUUUCAAUUUAUUAUUAGUAAUUUGAUGAAUUUGCAAGUUUUGUACUUAAAUAAAUUUCUACAUAGAUAUUUUCUAUUAUUGGAUAAAAGCUUUUUGGAUGA